AUGGCGGCUAUACUUUCUGCCAUAAAUACCCAGCCUAACUCCAUUGUGCACCAUACCUUGAGAGAAAAUCAAACAAUGGCAGCUAAUAAAGCUCCUAAGUAUGGUUUCUUCCUAGCUAUUUUCUGCAUCCUUGUCCUUCUAGUGAGCUCUGAAGUAAAGCCUAAAGAGGACAAUCUGUGUGAGAGGGCAAGCAAGACAUGGUCAGGGGGAUGUAAGAUAACAUCACACUGUGACAACCAAUGCAAGACUUGGGAACAGGCAGAGCAUGGUGCAUGUCAUGUUCGAAAUUCUAAGCACAUGUGCUUCUGCUACUUCAAUUGCAAGAAGUAAUCAAUCAAUAUUAAUUAGCCGUGUAAUUAUGUGCCUCCUCAAUAAAUUAAUUAAGGCACAGUUAAUUAAUGAAUAAUGCUUUCUUGGCGAACCCAUUGAGUACUAGUCCAUACAUUAUUCAUGGGUUCCCUGAGAAAAAUUUAGUUGUGAAACUAAAGAUGCAUGGUGUCAGUCUUUUGUUUGUUUCUUUCUCCUUGUACUAGUGCUACUGAGAAUUAAUAGACCGUGUUGUUAUGUCUGAA